AUGAGGAUAAGCACUCCAAAACAAAAAGCGUUAGAAUUAUGUUCAAUAUUUGCUACUACUGACAAAGGCACGCUUCAGUCAAAACCAACUUAUUACGUUGGGCAUUUAAAGGGCGGUAGUGGACAACCCGCUGAAGCCCAGGAAAUUUUAGAAAAUUCCGCUCAGUUAUUGAAAGAGGAAGUGACAACCAAAGUAGAAGCAUUAGGGGAAAAUACAGUUUUUACCGAUUUGUUUCCUCAACAACCAGAUUUAGCAAAAACCGAGGAAAGAACUAGUGACAAAAAUUUUGUAGACGACAAAAAAGAGACUCCGGAAUCAGUCAAAAGUAGUGAUGUCACAAAGAACAAUCAAAAAACUUCUCAAACACCAGUCCUAGACGAGAAUGAAGCGACUAACAUUUCUGAAAACCAAGCACCCGAAGCAAGCACUUCAACAAACAUUCCUAGCACCAAAAAAAACGCUGGCAAUAAUUCUUUGCCCCAACGCCUAAUUGACUUAGAUAAAUAUAAAAAUUUAUGA